AGGAUGGGCAACAGCACGUCGUCUACUUGGGGGAAGCCGGCAGCUGCUCCCUUGAAUCAGAUCCAGGAAACCAUUUCUGACAACUGUGUGGUGAUUUACUCAAGGACAUCUUGUUCCUACUGCAACAUGGCAAAGAAGCUUUUUCACAACAUGAACAUAAACUACAAAGCGGUGGAACUGGACCUGCUUGAGUAUGGAAGCCAGUUUCAAGACGCGCUUGCCAAGAUGACUGGCGAGAGAACCGUGCCAAGAAUAUUUGUCAAUGGGACUUUUAUUGGAGGUGCCACCGACACCCACAGGCUUCACCAGAAGGGAAACUGCUUCCACUGGUUCAUCAGUGUUAUUUGA